GCUCUGUCCCUCAAGAUGGCCAGUACAUGUAAUCAUUUGAGAUACAAGGACAAGGUUGCCUUGGUUACUGGUGGAUCUAAAGGAAUUGGCGAAGGAAUUGUUCGGGAAUUUGUCAAGGCAGGAGCAAAAGUUGCAUUUUGUGCAAGAGGGGUGGAGGUUGGCAAAGCUCUGGAGGAUGAAGUCAACAAGGCUGGGCCAGGAGAAUGCUUCUUCAUUAAGUGCGAUGUCCAGAAUGAAGAGGAGAUUAAGAGAACAGUAGAGCAGACAGUGGACAAAUAUAAAAGACUAGAUUGUCUUGUCAACAAUGCUGGAUGGCACCCCCCUGAGGAGUCCAUUGAUGACAUCACAGUGGAGCAUUUCAAGUGGCUCAUCAACUUCAAUCUCGUCAGCUAUUUCUCCUUCAGCAAGUAUGCACUGCCCCAUCUCCGAAAGAACAAAGGCAACAUCAUCAACAUAUCCAGUCUGGUAGCCAAGAUUGGGCAAAAUAGUGCCGUGCCUUAUGUAACGACAAAGCUGAAUGGUCGGUUUGGCACACUGGAAGAAUCGGGCAAGCUGUGCCUUUUCAUUGCUGCCGACGCCACCUUCUGCACUGGCAACGACUUUUUGAUGUCGGGAGGGGCGGAGCUAAACUUCGCCUGCAAGACCCAGAUGAAGGAACGCAGCAAUAUUUACGAAUAA